CCCGGUGGGCCGUGUGGCAGCAGAGGCGCCAUGGGCGGAGCGCGUGUGCGGGCCCGGGAGCGGCGGCAGCGGCCGGAGCCCGGUGAGGCGGCGGCGGAGCUCGGAGGCGGCCCCAGCGCAGAACCCAGGGAGGCAUGCACUCCAUCCAGUAGGGACACAGGAAGAGGAGGAGGAUCAGGAAGAGGAGGCAGCACAAGGUUCCACCCCUCCCUGGAUCUGCAGCCUCCCCCCAGCCCCAGGAGCGUUGCUCCCCCACAUGCAGCAGGAUUUUUCAUUCCCAAGGAGUGUCCUGAUGGAGGAGGAGGAAAAGCCCCAGAGAUCCCGCCCGAGGAGGGGCUGCAAACCCAGCACAGGGAGCUGUGAGGAGGAAAGACCCCCCCUGUGCCAGGAGGGCGGCCGGAGAUGCAGGCAGAGCUCAGAGCUGGGGGAGAAGCCUGAUGGAGGGGAGAAGCCCCACAAGUGCCUGGAAUGUGGGAAGGGUUUCAGAUACAGGUUCAAGCUGACCCAGCACCAGGUGAUCCACAGUGGGGAACGGCCCUACAAGUGUGGGGAGUGUGGGAUGAGCUUCAACAACAACUUCAACCUGGUCCGGCACAAGAGGAUCCACACUGGGGAGAAGCCCUAUGAGUGUGGGGAGUGUGGGAAGAGCUUUAGGCACAGCUCCAAACUGGUCGAGCACCAGAGGAUCCACACUGGGGAACGGCCCUACGAGUGUGGGGAAUGUGGGAAGAGCUUCCGGUACAGCUCCAACCUGACCCUGCACAAGAGGAUCCACAAUGGGGAAAAGCUCUACAAGUGUGGGGAGUGUGGGAAGAGCUUCAGAGACAGCUCCAGUCUGCUCCAACACCAGGUGGUCCACACUGGGGAAAAGGACUACACCUGCUUGGAAUGUGGGAAGAGCUUUGGAUUGAACUCAGGUCUGAGAAAUCACCAGCGCACCCACACUGGGGAGAGGCCCUACGAGUGUCCUCAGUGUGGGAAAAGGUUUGUAACGAGCUCUUAUCUCCUCCUACAUCAGCGGAUUCACACAGAGGAGAGGCCCUUCCGCUGCCCUGACUGCGGGAAGGGCUUCAAGCGCAACUCCAACCUCACUGUCCACCGGCGCAUCCACACCGGGGAGAGGCCCUACGAGUGUCCUGAGUGUGGGAAGAGCUUCUCACACAGCUCUGAUUUGACCAAACACCAAGUUAUACACACCAGGGAGAAGCCCCACAAGUGCCUGGAAUGUGGGAAGGGCUUCAGCUACAGCUCUGAACUGAUCCGGCACCAGGUGAUCCACAGUGGGGAACGGCCCUACGAGUGUGGGGAGUGUGGGAAGAGCUUCAGCCAGAGCUCCGGCCUGGUCCAGCACAAGAGGAUCCACACUGGGGAAAAACCCUAUAAGUGUGGGGAGUGUGGGAAGAGCUUCAGCCACAGCUCCGGCCUGGUCCAGCACAAGAAGAUCCACAGUGGGAAAAAGCCCUACAAGUGUGGAGAGUGUGGGAUGAGCUUCCGGUACAGGUUCAGCCUGAUCCAGCACAAGAGGAUCCACACUGGGGAACGGCCUUAUGAGUGUGGGCAGUGUGGGAAGAGCUUCAGGCAGAGCUCUUUACUGGUGCAGCACCAGGUGAUCCACACUGGGGAAGGGCCCUACACCUGCUUGGAAUGUGGGAAGAGCUUUGCAUGGAGCUCUGGCCUGAGAAAACACCAGCGCUCCCACACUGGGGAGAGGCCCUACGAGUGUCCCCAGUGUGGGAAGAGGUUUAAGACCAGCUCCCAUCUCCUCGUACACCAGCGGAUUCACACAGAGGAGAGGCCCUUCCGCUGCCCCGACUGCGGGAAGGGCUUCAAGCACAACUCCACCCUCACUGCCCAUCGGCGCAUCCGCACCAGGGAGAGGCCCUACAAGUGUCCCCAGUGUGGAAAGAGGUUUCAGACCAGCUCUGUUCUCCUGGUACAUCAGCAAAUUCACACAGACGAGAGGCCCUUCCGCUGCCCCGACUGCGGGAAGGGCUUCAAGUUUAACUCCAACCUCACUGUCCACCGGCGUAUCCACACCGGGGAGAGGCCCUACGAGUGUCCUGAGUGUGAGAAGAGCUUCUCACAGAGCUCAGCCUUGACCCGACACCAACGGAGGCACCAUAAGGGAAGCCCUGUGAGUGCCCCGAGAGAGGGAAGAGCUCCGUGUGCUGCUCCAGCUCCAUCCCCCAUGGGAGGAUCGGCGUUGGAUGAUCCCCAGUGACCCCCGUUGGGCAGAGCCCUGGUGAUCCGUGGGCCUGGUGGUCCCUGUUGGGAAGACACCUGGCUGGGAUGCUCCACAUCUUCCUGUCUCCCGUGGGCACCUGGAUGAAUGCAGGGGCAGGAACAUCCAUGGGGACACAGACCAACACUGGGAUUCCUUGGGGAGAGUGGAUUUGUUCACUUUCAACCCCAGAAAAUCUUAAGGGUUCAAUGGUAUGUCCUGGUGGUAUCAAGAAAUACUGGAUGGUUUUGGAGGUCUUUUCCAGCCUCAGGGAUUUCACGAUUUUGAUUUCUUAUUGCCCAAGGGUGUGUUCCACAGCCAAAUGGUGAUGGACUUCAGGAAAGAACAAUAUAUUUGAGACAGUGGGGUACAAACCCCACCAAUAAAGAGUCUUCUGUCCCACCCAAGCACGUGGAACCUCAGCCAGCAUGGACACAGAAAUCCUUUUCUUUUGGCCUUGAUUUGCUUUUCAUGAUUUUAAAAUAUCCACCAGUGGGGAAAAAUAAAGACCUUGAGCUAAUGCAUGGGUGGGGACAUGGGUGGACAUACACCUGAUGGGACAUGGACACAAAGAAUGACAUGGGGACACAUGGACAUGGAGGGGACGUCGCCAUUCAUGGGGACACGAGGGGACACAGGAGAUGGAGACAUGGGGGACAAUGACAGGGAUGGAAACGUGGUGGGGAGACAGCCAUGGGUGAGGACAUGGUGGGACAUGGCCAGUGACAUGUGGGGACAUGGCCAUGGCCGGUGCCAUGGGGGGAACUUGCAGGGGCUGUGGGGGAUGCUGGGUUUGAGGGAGUUGAGGGUUCCUGGCAGGGACUUGGGCCUUGCUGAGGGCUUUGGGGACCACAGGCCCAGCGGCUCCGGCUGCGCUGGGAGACCCUGGCGGAGGUUGUGGGGCAGCUGCUCAAGGACCCCCUGACCUGGAGCCCCCUCUGGGCAUUGGGGUCCUGGAUGGGAAUGAAUGUCCUUGUCCCCAGGAGGGAAAUCCCAGCAGCCCCAGGGUGUUGGGGGCAGCUGAGAGGCCCCAGCAGGGAGGGGAAAGCCAGACAGAGCUGUCCCUCUCCAAAACUGCACCCCAAAAAUCCCCAAAUUUAGGUAGUCCUCCCAGAAAAUAGAUGCCAGGAGGUGCCUGCAUUAAAUAGAAGGGGGGAUGAGACCCCCCAGAUUCCAUUGGAAGGCGUCCCACUCCUUUCUAAUCCCCGGGAUAGAGCCAUGGUAGUUUGGGCUGGAGCAGCGCUGGACUCUUGGCCCAGCCUGGGCACGCCCCAUGAGCCCCCUUCUCAAAUUUCCUUGGCAGCUUAGAGGGGUUCCAGUGCCUUUUGGGGUUUGCUGAGUGCCAUGUCUGGGUUCAGGUGUCUCCCAAGGAGUCCCCAUUAUGGGGUGACACGGCAGUGGCAUGAAAGGGUCCCCAUUCUAAUCCAUCCUGGGCCCUCUUUUGCCCCCCCCCCCGACCAAUCACAGUCCCUUUCUGACCCAUCCCUUCCAUCCCUUCCCCCACAGCUCCGCAGUUCCUGAUCCAUCCCUUCCAUCCCUUCCCCCACAGCUCCGCAGUUCCUGAUCCAUCCCUUCCAUCCCUUCCCCUCUCGGACAAAGCCGCCAUCCCCGCCUGCUCCCCGAGCCCGCCCCACAGCGCCCCCUGCAGCCGCGGGGGGAUCAUCGCCCCUGCCCCGCCCACCGGGAGCCACCAGCGCCCCUGCCGGCCGUGCCCGGAACUGCACCAAAGGGGAAAGGGCCGCGCUCAGGGAAGUGUUCCUGGCUUCUGCUUCUGGUUGUUAUUGAUGCUGGGCUUGGGGUUGUUUGUUUGCCUGGUUAUACAAACCAGUAAAGAACUGCUAUUCCUAUCCCCACUCCUCUGCCUGAGAUCCCCUUAAUUUCAAAAUUAUAAUAAUUGGGAGGGAGCGGGUUUUUAUUUUCCAUUCCAACGAGGGCCCUGCCCUCCCUAGCACACACCUGUCUUUCAGAUAAACAUAAUGCCAUUCUCUGAAUUAGUUAUCAUAUAAAUGUUAGUUAGUAUAUUUGUAAUAUAAAAGCAUUUUAGCAUUGCGCAGUCUCUGUUUUAAUUUUCGCUAAGGUCUAUGAUAUGACAUUGAUUUAUUACACUACCAUUUCUGUAAGCUACACAGUGCACACAUCAACUGAUAGAUUAUCUUAUACCAAAAAGCAUCUGAAAGGAAUUAUAAAUUGUACCGUAUCAAAAUCAUUUUGAUCAAUAAAAGUGUGCAAAAGCUGA